AUGUUGACUUUACUAGCGGAAACCUGGAUGAUAUCGUUGAAGAAACAACUGGAAAAUUGGUCCAAAGACAGCAAUAUUCUCCAGACAGCGAAAAAUAAGGCUACAAAAAUGUGGAUCAACCUGAAUAAAACUAUUAAGCGGAAGGAGAUAAAAGCUUUUAUCGAUAAACAGGACCUGAAGUUCGCUGAG